AUGUCCGGGGAAGAGGCAGCGGCGCCCCCGGCCCCUGCCGACCAGGCGCCCCCGGCGGAGCAGCAGGCGGCGGGCGGCGGGGACGCGCCCCCGGCGGAGCCCCAGUACCGGGCCCUGGUGCUCUCGGGCUUCGGCGGCUACGAGAAGGUGAAGGUGCAGGUGCGGCGGGGCGAGCCCAGCCCGCGGCCCGGGGAGCUCGCCGUGCGGGUCCGAGCCUGCGGCCUCAACUUCGCCGACCUGCUGGCCCGGCAGGGGCUGUACGAGCGGCUGCCGCCGCCGCCCGUCUCCCCCGGCAUGGAGUGCGCGGGCACCGUGCUGGCGCUGGGCGAGGGGGUCACCGGCCGCCAGGUUGGUGAUAAGGUGAUGGUGCUGGCCAGAGCAGGGCUCUGGCAGGAAGUUGUGACCGUCCCAGCCAAUCAGACUUACCUGAUGCCUGACGGAAUGAGCUUCGAGGAAGCGGCUGCCUUUCUGGUCAACUACAUCACGGCGUACAUGAUCCUCUUUGACUUUGGGAACCUGAGACCCCACCAGAGCGUUCUCAUCCACAUGGCUGCUGGGGGGGUAGGAACAGCCGCCGUUCAGCUCUGCAAGACAGUGGAGAACGUCACCAUCUUUGGCACUGCCUCUGCCUCCAAGCACGACGCCCUCAGGGAAAGCGGGGUCGCUCACCCAAUUGACUACAGGAGUAUGGAUUACGUGGAGGAAGUCCGGAAAAUCUCCCCAAAAGGAGUCGACAUUGUUUUGGAUCCACUGGGAGGAUCGGACACUACCAAAGCAUUCAACCUCCUGAAGCCAAUGGGCAAACUCAUAACCUAUGGGGUGGCCAACCUGCUCACUGGGCAGAAGAAGAACCUGAUGGCCAUGGCAAAGACAUGGUGGAACCAGUUCAGUAUCAACGCUCUGCAGCUCCUGCACCUCAACAAGGCCGUGUGCGGCUACCACCUGGGUUACAUGGAUGAAGAGUUUGAGCUCAUUGGGGGUGUUGUGGCCAAGCUGGUUAGCCUGUACAGCCAGGGCAAAAUCAAACCCAAAAUAGACUCCGUAUGGCCCUUUGAGCAGGUGGCAGAUGCCAUGAGGCAGAUGCAAGAGAAGAAGAACGUUGGGAAAGUCAUCCUAGUUCCUGAGCUGCCGAAGGAAGAACCCAAAAAAGAGGAAAACUAAAGCAAGGAGACCUGUCUGCAGGUUGUGAAUUUGUGGUUUAACCCCUAACCCUUUUGGGACCUGGGAAUGGACGGCUCAGUCCUGCCAUCUUCCCCAUUAAGGGAAUGAUACAUUUUUAAAGCCAGUUCUAGGACUGUGAACGUCUUGGGUUGGGAAUCAUAUGCACCUGCCAUAGCCAGCCUCUCCCAGGUGUGACUGUGUAACAUUCAAUGUGAUGCCUCCCACCUUAGCCCUGCUUUUCUCACCACAUUGUUAUAUCUCCUUUCCCAAAUUCCAAACCAAGUUAUUUUUCUCUGGCAGCGCCUCUCUGGCCUCCAAGCAGUCCGUGACUAAUGGCUGCGUAGUAUGUUGCUGCAAAGUGUAAAUGCAAAUUGUUAUAGCAACCAUUGACUGUCUCCAUAGAAACUGAGCCCUUUCUGCAGUCUUACGAUGCACGUUCAACAGACGAGUGUGCCAAGCCAGAGAUGCUUGUCAAUGAAAUUGCUGUAGGAAAAUAACAUCAGACUGUGCAUUAUUCUAGUGCUGGUUAUUUCUUUGCCGUUAUUCCUGCUGUCAUGACACUUCCCUUCCUCCUCCCCCUGCUUUUCCCCACGCCCCCAGACCUUUAAUGCCAAUCAGCUGGCAAAAGGCCAGUUUUUCUAAGCCCAGCUUAGUAUCUUAGAUGCUGGUCAUGCUGUAGCUUUUUAAUUUGCUGUUCCUUCUCUGUGCACGCUGCAUGUAACCUGAGGAGCAGUUAGGCUGGUGCUAUAUGAAUACUAAAGAGAAAUUUUAGUUCAGCAAUUUGCUCUCGUCCAUUUUCUGCUCCCAAACCGUUAGGGAAAGUCUAAACCAAUUCCGUGGUCAAAGCUGGGUCUGGAGACCGAAAGGACUCAGCUGUGUCUCCAAAAGGACUGACCCAUUUGUGUUGGUUCUAUGUGCUUUGUUAACGUUGGGCUCUGAAUGUCCGUCAGGCUAAACUUCAUCCUCGUGUUUGUUACCAAGGGCUGCAAAUGUGAAAACGUGUCUGCAAGGCUGGGACAAAACAAGCCUCGUGGUUGGCCUUUGCGUCUGGGGUUGUGUGUGCUAGGAAGGGGAUGCUGCAGCUCUAGAAGGGAGCAGGCCCAGUAAAGUCUGGACAGCCAGCAUGUGGUUCUGAGUCACACACUGUAGAAAUCAAAGGUCUGGGCUCAGACCUGUCGAACCCACUGGUGUGAGGCUCUCGCCUGGUUAGAUCCUGGCUUCCGUUUUGCAUUUUCCACUCCCGGUUUAAUUAGCUUUUCAGAUUCUCCACUAGUCCCAGGCUGUCCCUAUGGCUAGCUAGCGUCGAAGGGGGGUUUGCAGCUUGUCUGCUCGAAUUGUGAAGUGCCAGUGUUUUCAGGAUACUUCCCAGUGCUGCUGGGAACUGCCCAGGGGGCUCCUCUCCCCAGGAAGAAAACUGGGCUUGCCCAUGCCAGGCGUGGUGGUAAAGCUGUGGGUGGGAACCUGACCGGUUCAGUCUGUGAGCAUCUAAACUUGUCCUUGUCUAACAUUCUGACUGGUGCUGCCCCUUCCAGCCGCGCUCGGUCUCCUGCUGCAGUCCCAGGACUUGGAGCUUUGCUGCUAUUUGCACUUGCUCUAGCAGUCCAGGGUUGGUCCCACUGGGUGGUGGAUGGUGCAGUAGCUCAGGCUUUGCUUGUAUUUGGAUCUGGUAACUGAAGGGACCAAUCCCCCACCCCAUCCCCUUUUUGUAAAGUGCCAUAGCAGAAGCAAAAUGCCGCUCUUAAAUAAGAGCAAACAUGGAUCUCCUGGGCUGUGAACAUUCCCUCCUGCUGGGUCCCUCCCUGCAUUAAAGAGAACCUGGUCCAGCAUCAGCACGAGAAUUUUAUUGUGCAAAGAAAAA